AUGGCGAAAUUCAUCCUCCCUGCCCUAGCGGUGUCAAUCGGCCUCCUCCAAGUCGCCGUCCCCAACCUCUCACGCACCUACACGCUCAUCGGCGGGCGCCGCAACAACGCCCACUACCUUUCCCCGUCGUACACAGCCCUCCUUGACCCGCUCUGCACCCUGCAACACACCGACAAAUUCCACGGCUGCGAGUCCAUGCAGCUCGUCGAGCUGUCGCCCACCCGCACCGUCAUCUUCACCAGCUGCCUCACGUCAUACGACAACCGCCCGCGCGUGCUGUCGCAGUCGCGGGAGGCCGACGCCGCGGAAGGGAGGAGCCGGCCGGGCGAUAAGAUCUUCCGCUGGGACCUGGACACGGAUGAAGUUGUUGAGCUUGAGCUGCGGGGGAUGCCGGGCGGGGAGGGAGGCGGCGAUAGGGGCUUUCAUGGCAUGGAUGUGAACUAUGGGUUGGAGGGAGGGCGGAUGAGUCUGUAUGUGGUGAACCACAGGUUCAAUGGCACUGUGGUCGAGAAGUUUAUGCACGACCCGGAGACGGACGUGCUAGAGCACGUGGCGAGCAUUCCCACGGCGGAGGGAGGGCUGAAGCAUCCGAAUGACAUCUAUGCGAUAAAGCAUCUGGACGACAUCAAUGCGUUCUACAUCACCGACGAGAACCGGUACAGCACGGGGCUGAUGCGCUUGAUUGGCGACUACACGCGCAGGCCGUGGGGCAGCGCGCACUACUACUCUGCCGAGACGGGGUGGAAGCUCGUCAUGACGGGCCUCGGCGGCGGGAACGGCAUCACGGGCGACAACAAGGUGGGCGGGAGGGUGUACAUCUCGCCGCAUCUGAGUGGCGAGAUUGUGGUCACGGAUCAGGACGCAUCACAGCUGGGUGUGCUGAAGGAACUGCAGCGGAUCCCGCUCAACUUUAUGGGCGACAAUCCGACGCUGAGCUCGUCGGGCGAGGAUAUCAUCAUUGCGGGAUACACGGAUCCGCGCAAGAUGUAUGAGCAUGUUGCCGAUCGCAGUGCUGCGGCGCCUGGAUCAAUCGUGGGGAGGAUCAGCACGAAGCAGCUGGGGAGCGCGUUCUUCGGAGAGAAGGGCGGGUACACGAGUACGCCGGUCGUGGACGAGAUGUUUGUGGACAUCCAGGGAAGGUGGAUCAAUGCCAGCUCGACGGCGAUCCUGAGGGAGAAGAAGAUCCAGCCCUUGGAUGAGGAGGCGGAGAUUGAAGAGGACGAUGAGGUGGCGAGAGGGGCGAGCGAGCUGGGAGACCUGGAUCUUGAAAUGCAAAGGCAUUCCUUCUUCCUAAACACAAAGUGUGGGUCGGGAUGCGCAUAA